GGAGGUUAGGAACCGUCUCGAUUUAAAAAAAAACGUUCUCAAACAAAAAAUAUUUGUGAUUUAUGUUCGUUACCAUUCUGAUUUAUUGUUGAAAUUUAGCAAAUCUGGAUGAAAAAGUAGAAACAAUGAUUGCUGCCUCAGAGCCACAGGAGUUUGUUCCAAGUGGACGGCAGCAAACAUUGAAACAUCCAGGGCCCAAUGGAGUGCCUCCACAAAAAAGUUUCGGUCAUACUGACGACCUACUUCUUGAUAAAUUUGAAAAAGUUUCAAUUAAAGAGAAAAAAGAUAAUGAAUGGUGGAUUUUGAGGAAAACCCCUUUACAUGAGUCUGUACCAAGUUGGUGCUACGAGACAAAAGACAUUUCUUGUAGUAAAAAUAAUGUGAAUCAAGAUUUACACAAGUCAUCUUGCAGAAUUGAAGCUUUUGAGAAAUCUUACAGUUAUCAAGGUUGUGAUAAUUCACUCAGGACUAGCAAAAGAUUAUCUGUGAAUUUCUCAAAAUUUCCAGCUAAACAUGAAAUUUCCAAGAAGAAUGAAACGAACGAGUCGAAUUGUGAGGGAUCUUUUGGAAGAAAUCACGUCAGCUUUAUGGAAGAUGAACUUUAUGUCAAGGGACACACAGCAGUGUGGUCUAGAGGUUUAAACAAUUGUGACAAUUUAGUUAAUAGUAGAAAAACAAUUUGUGCUUACACUUCCCCUUUACCUAUAAAACACGCUGCUUGGUGUACUUUCCACUGUGAACAUCCCAGAUAUGAAACUGAUGCAUUUCCAUUUUAUAAUAAGCACGAGGAAUCUAAAGGAGAGCCUGUUCCUGCUCUUUGUAUCAUAAAUUCACAUAAUAUUCAUGUUUUCACUCAAAAAGGUGAAGAUUUUGUCACUGCUAUACCUUUCCAAAUUAGUAAAAUGUGGAAUAUGAAGUAUGGUAUACUUCUGGAUCGGGAAAAUGAAGGUCACAAUUUAACCUUCUUUGAAAACAAAGCAACUCUCUAUUCCUUAGCGUUUCCAUUUGAUGAGGUUUGUCCUGUUGCAAUUAAUGUUGGUACAUACAUACAAGUCCUAAAUAAUAAUAAUUUUCAAUUGGUCUAUACUAAUGAGAAUCCAAGCAUUUGUAUGAUUUACGAUACACAAACCAGGCAACACAGUGUCUACGUUGUUAGAAAAGUAACAAGAAAUGAGAAAAUGGAGUUUGCAAAUAGGAUGAAUAGCACAUGCCCUUCAGCGACCAGUCUAUCAAAUAAGUUGAAAAGUCGUCUUUCAAUGUGGGAUUGUGGCAAAAACUCAAACUAUUUAAGUGUCCCUAGCCCCAUAAACAGUAGACCGGGAAGCGUAGCAAGUUUUUAUAACCAAAUGCAUCACUCUAAAUCUCACAGUUCAAUGGCUACAAUCAGUCGUUGCCAGUCACCUGCCACUUCUUCUAUUGGAAGUCCUUGGUUGCAAAGAGCUUCACGCCUGAACACUUCUAUUCCAAGCGCGGCUAAUUAUUAUGUAUCAAACAAUUUUUCAUUUUUUGACUCUUCAAAACCAAUGUCGUACCUUCACACCACUCCAAUUAUUUGUCUAGACCACCUCUGGACUGACCCUAAUUUGACUCAAGAUGAUAAUAUAUCGAGUUCUGCAUCCAAAGUAUUUUUGUGUGACGAUUUAACACACCAGUGGUAUCUUUGCUACAUUCUACCAGUCAAAUGUCAGUUGUGUUUGGUCCAAAUCGAUUUUUCAGAUCCAAACAAUAUUCGAUUUGGCAUGAUGAAUAGCAUAAGUGCCAAAGAUGCAGUACCGAUUCCUGUGUGCCAUAUGUUGGCAGUUUUGGAACAGAACGGUAACGUAAGUUUAUACUCUGGUCUUACUUUGGUGGGGAAAUUGCACAUAGGGGGUACUCUAGUCCAACACACCCCAUCUCCCUACGUUCGUAGAAACUUAGCUCAGUUUAAUUCACCUUUCCCUAGACGGAGUAGUCUUUUGCCCCAUUGUUUACAAUUAGAUCCGAAAUUUGAUGAGCAUUUAUUAUCGCCGGUGCUGCCAGAAACAACGAAUGUGUCUAAUAUUUUACAGCUGAAUUUUCAACACGAAAGCAAUUUGCCUAAAGCUGUGUUGAACGGUUUACGUGACCCUAUAGAAAACCGAAUUACUCUAAGAUACUCUGAUGGUACUUACUAUAGAAUCACUUUACCCCCAUUAACAGCACAUCCACUAAUUGAAAACUGUGUGAUGGCGUUAAAACAGUGUCUAAGUCGUGAUACCAUUUCUGUGGUUUUAACCAGAUGGUAUGCCACGAGGAACGCCCCGGGAACCCAAGAUAUGAAUCUUGAACAAGAAUGGAAUGCAUUUAAAUCGCUACUUUUAGAACUUCUGGGUUAUGAACAAGACGUUGGUAACACUGAAGAUUGUCCCGUAACCCCUUGUAGCAACCCCAAACGACAGAAACACUCAAGUGCCGGUACUGAUGAAGAUUGGUUGUAUUUAAUAAAUUCAGACUAUGCAACGAAGUUAGACAAGUGUCUUAAACACACAUUACUUUUAAAAUGCAGCUCAAAUCACUCUCAAACCAACACAAAUACGCUUCAAAUUAAUGUUAAUUCGAUUCUUUUUCCGUUUAUUGGAUUAAUUCUCUAUUGUUUUCAUCUGCUGUAUGAGGAUUUGAAAUUGAAUAUGUUGAGAUCGGACGAUUUGAAACUGUUAGCAAUUUUUUUACAUAAGAUAGCCAGUGAUUUAGGGUUGGUUGAGUAUAUGGUGCACUAUUGGAAAGAUUUUCCAGACAGUUUUUCAAUAAAAUCAACAGGAUAUAUCGGACCAAAUGAGUUAAAACAAGUGAAUGAGUAUCCGUUCAUUCGGGACACACCGAUCAAUAUUAUGCAAUUUAUUUGCGAUUUGAUACAAAAAGGUGAUGGAGUGGGACCUUAUCCGUUUGUAAAUCAUAUCAAUAACAAGUCAAGGGAUAUCAUUCAGAUUUGUGGUAUCAUCUGUAAAGAACUUGGCUACAAGACCAUCAAUUUGGUUAACUUUAUCGAGCCCAAUCUCACAUCGAACGGAAACACAAUUCUUCAAGGGGAAAUAAUAUCUUCUGAGCUGUCACCACCAGAACAAACACUGCUUUUAAUGACAUCGAAAAAAAUCACGAUUAGAGAUUUAGACACUCUACCUCCAGCGAUCUACCUCCUUAUCUACAGCACAUUGUGGAAAUGUCGGGAUAAUCCUCCUUCAGACUUAUCUUCAGAUGCUUAUUAUUUAUUAUGGCGCGAUGAUCUCGCUGUUCAAGCACAAAAGUUCCAAAAAGAAAAAUCCGAAACAGCUUUAGAGAAAAUAGGGAUGUAUACAACCCAAGAAUUACCAGGUGUUGUCCCUACAUCAAAACAAGUCGAAAAUGAACAACAAGAUGGCAUGGACGAUAUUGAAAAUCCCUUAACCAAACUCCGCUUUCCUGAUGAUAUGCGAGUUGCCGAAGCUCGGAAAAUGCUACAAAGUUCUAAACCAGUUCCGAUUGUUCUCGUCCAACGACCCGACGUCUCCGAUCAUGAUUUCAUCGAAGAACAAGAAAAACAUUUAUACGCUGUAUGUACCAGAACCAUGGCCUUAUCAACAGGUCGUGGAAUGUUCACAUUGCGAACUUCAGCACCGGUUGUAACCGAACCGCUACAAACGCCUCCACUAUGCUUAGCCGGGAAAGCGCCUCCUCGUGGUACUACAGUUGAGCUAAAUCAUAUUGAUACACCUUCAAAUAUGAAUUUAUGGCCGUUGUUUCACAACGGUGUGGCCAACGGUUUACGGAUAAAUCCCGAUGCGCACAAUAUUGACAAUACUUGGAUUAUUUUUAAUAAACCGAAAGGUUCGAUGGAACAGCAGAUGGAACAUGCUGGGUUUUUAAUGGCGUUGGGUUUGAAUGGUCAUUUAAAAAAUUUAGAUGUCUUAAAUACGUUUGAUUAUUUAUCCAAGUUGCAUGAAAUGACGAGUAUUGGGAUUUUGUUGGGGUUUUCAGCGGCUUUUAGAGGGACCUCGAAUUUGAGUAUGACGAAAACUUUGAGUAUACAUGUGGAAGCAAUGUUACCGCCGACGUCGAUGGAGCUUGAUGUACACCAAAAUGUGCAAGUUGCUGCUUUGCUAGGAAUUGGUUUAGUCUACCAAGGCACAUCCCAUCGCCACAUCAUCGAAGUCCUCCUAUCCGAAAUCGGACGUCCACCAGGCCCCGAAAUGGAAAACAGCGUCGAUCGAGAAUCAUAUUCUCUUGCAGCCGGAUUAUCUCUAGGUUUAGUAACGUUAAAACAAGGCAGUUGUUCAUUAGGCUUGUCAGACUUGAAUAUAUCAGACAGGUUGCAUUAUUAUAUGGUCGGUGGUAACCGAAGACCCUUAACCGGCGCACAAAAAGACAAAUAUAAAGUCCCCUCGUUUCAAAUCCGUGAAGGUUCUUCAGUUAAUUUAGAUGUAACCGCACCGGGAGCUACAAUAGCUUUAGGUCUUAUGUAUUUGGGAACCGGGAAUAAAGCAGUAGCUGAUUGGAUGGCGCCACCGGAGACACAAUAUCUCCUGGAUUUUGUGCGACCUGAUUUCUUGAUGUUUCGAAUAUUAGCCCGAGCUUUGAUCCUUUGGGAUGAUAUUAUACCUAGCAAAGAGUGGGUCGAGGGUCAAGUACCGAGCACCAUCAGACCAUACUGCAUGCUAAAACCAUCACCAAAUUUGGAUAUUGAUUUUGAAGCAAUGAACCAAGCUUAUUGUAACAUUGUGACAGGGGCUUGUUUCGCUCUAGGACUUAAAUAUGCCGGCUCUGCGGACGAAAAUGCCUUCCAGACCUUACUUCACUUCUGUCGCAUGUUUACCAACUUAACGAUCAAAUCCAUAGCUGAAUUAGCCGGCAAACCAACUGUUGAAACGUGUCUUAAUGUUCUGCUUUUGUCGAGCGCAAUGGUGAUGGCUGGGACCGGUAAUCUCGAAAUAAUGCGUUUUGUACGACUUUUGCGUCGCCGUGUAGGUGUCGCUAGCAGUUCUGUAGUAACUUAUGGUUCACACUUGGCAAUGCAUAUGGCUUUGGGAUUAUUAUUUUUGGGAGGUGGUAGAUACACUCUCUCGAAUUCUCCGGAGAAUAUAGCGGCCUUAAUAUGUGCUUUUUAUCCGAAAUUUCCAACUCAUAGUAAUGAUAAUAGGUACCACCUUCAAGCCUUCCGACAUUUAUACGUAUUGGCAGUCGAGCCGCGUUUAAUAAUACCAAAAGAUGUUCAUUCUGGUAAAUGUUGUUACGCGUCUUUGAGUGUCGUUAAACUCGAUGGGACAAAAUCCUUCGUAAAAGCACCCGGAAUUAUUCCCGAUCUUAGUAUGUUGAAAGAAGUGUCAAUCGAGGAUGAACGGUAUUGGCCUGUGGUUUUCAAGAGAAGCAAAAAUUGGAAUUCUCUUAUGACAAUACUAUCCACAAAUGGGUUUGUUGAAGUGAAACAAAAGGCGGGUUGUUUGAGCUAUAUUGCCGAUAAAUUGGGUUAUCACAGCCAAUUAGCAAAAACUUUAACUCAGUCUGAAACCGUACCCUGGAACCCUUCACCGUCAUCAAUUGUUUCAUUCACACAUGAUCAAGCUAUUAAAUAUUUCUGUGAUCACUUUCUUUCAACUGAUAAAUUAAAUGCAGAAGAAUUGAAAUUAACACGAAUGUUAACGAAAGUAACGUACGAUGCUGUAGUGAAAGACAAACUUGUUAUUGUACCUGUUAUCAGUUUUCUUUUAAAGGUUAUUCGUGAUAUGAGAUUGCUACCAAACGCUUUAAAUUUUUGGCAAAUUAAAUUACUUUUUGCACAAAUAUUAUCAACUCAAUUGGCUUGUAAUUUGAUUCAACCGGAAGUAAUAUUAGCCAUAAAACAACAAAUAAUACAGAUUUUAGAAGAUUGGGAACCUGGUUUAGCACCUGCCUUGGUGGCUUAUACAGAGGGUGAUGAAUUCACUUUUGAUAAAGACACUCUAAAUAGGCUAGCCUUGUAUGUGAUAUUUUAUGAUAUACCAUUUAGGGAAUCUACAGAAGGUGAUCCUUUAGAAGUUAUACUCAAAUUUCAAAACAAAUAUUCCGUUAGUACCUUAGAGAAAAUUAUAAAGCUUAGGAUGUAAAAAAGCUGUAUUUUUAUAAAAAUGAAUAUAAUAUCUGAAGUAUUAAAGAUUGAAAUCGAUA